AUGCCUCUCCCACGGCCUUCAGACGCACCGUCAACUCCGAUAGCUGUCGACGAUCAUCCACAGCGCCAGUUCAACGGGCUCUGGGAAGACGCCUUACGGCGUUACCAAGCUGAGACUGGAAAAGAUCUACGCGACCUGCCAGCGGCGAAGCAUUUCCUCUCUCAGCCUCAUACCGCCGAAGAGACCAUCAACUACUUCGACAAGCAGACCGUAUUGUUCGAGGAUUUUCGUGGCAGUGGCGAACGUGUUCGUGGAGUAUUAAAACCCAUUGUGGAUGUUGUGUCGUUCUUGAAGGAGAACGCGGAGGGCGCUGCGGCCAAUAUACCUGGAGGUGACGCAGUAUUCGGAGCCAUCGGGGUUCUGCUUAAGGCCACGAGAGGGGUUAGCGAGAUCUAUGACGAAGUAGAGGCUCUCCUCAAGCUUGUCACUCGGUAUCUGGAGCGCGUGAAGAUCCAUCUCGAGCCACCGCAGACGCCCAGGGAAGCCCUUCAGGAUAUCCUUGUCGACGCACUUGUCCAAGUUCUUAUCGCACUUGCCCUUGCAACAAAGUACUGCAACGAGUCCAAUUCUAAGAGGGCAGCAUUCAAAAACUUCUUGAAACGUUCCAAGGACUUCGGCCGAGUAUUAGCUGACAAGGACGACGUGAAAGACGUUCUUGAUAAGCUGGAGAAGCUUUCUGUUCAAGAAGCUCAAAUAGUAAAUGCGGAUACGAAUGCCCUUGCGCGCGCGAACCAAUCCCACGUUGAGAUUAUCCGCCGCCAAUCAGUUAUCAGUGGCUUCGAAUCGUGGCUGCAGCCGCCAGACCCCAAACCCGCGGACUUGGUUAGCAAAAGCAAACAAGGAAGCUCCUUAUGGUUUAUCAAUAGCGCGCCCUUUGAAGAUUGGAAGGCCACUAAGGGAGGCGUGUACUGGAUAUAUGGAAAUGCCGGCGCGGGAAAGAGUGUUUUAAGUUCCGCGGUUAUCGAAGCCCUGAAGGGUGGAGACUCGUUAUCCUUGAUCUACUUCUAUGUUGAUUACAGCAUUUCCGCCCAGCAAAACGGCUGCCACGGUCUACUUUCUUCCCUCAUUUGCCAGAUGGCUACCGGCGACGACGCUUGUUUUGAUUAUCUCGAGAACAAAUGGGCGUCCGACAAGGCCUCUCGCGAUCAGCCGCUAUAUUCAACGAUGCUCGAGAUGUUCUCAGAUAUGCUGUACGCCGCUGGAAGAACGGCGCUUGUCAUCGAUGCUCUCGAUGAAAUAUCUGAGACUGAGCGACGUGAAUUGCUGUUCCCUCUGUUGCAGAGAUUCGCCGCACUUGACCACAGCAGGGCUGAUUGUCGACUGCUAUUCACCAGCCGACCUGAAUCCGAUAUAGGACGGUUUUUCAAGUCAAACUUCGUUGGCAAAGCUAUACACCAGCUUGAUCUAGAUGAUGCUAUGUUUCAUGGGGAGGAAAUUCGACGUUAUGUGAACACGCGCCUCUCGGAUCCGGCAUUCAACUCGUGGCCAUUAGACAUCAAGGUUCAGGCGGAGAGAAUAUUGACGGAGAGGGCGAAUGGGAUGUUCCUUUGGGUCGGGCUUCAGCUCCGCUAUCUCGAGUAUUGUGCGCCAGGACAAGCGAUCCGCACCUUGAAUGAUCUACCGACAGAUCUUCACAACACCUACGAACGCAUUCUCAAUGCCUUCAACUUCGCUCCGCCUGUCGCUCGGAAGCGAGCGCGCCAUGUCCUUGAAUGUGUUGCCUACGCAAAGGAGCCCUUGUCCCUGGAAGACGUCUUCUUCUUAUUCUUCAUCGAUUACGAGACUCCUUUGGCUACGCCGGUAGUUCUGGACUCUGUGAUACCCAUCAUUCCUCCAUCGGAGCGCGAGGAGUACGUUCUUAAGAACUGUCCCGGCCUCUUGAACAUCAGCGACUCUGGAUCCGGAGGGAGGAUUGUCCAAUUGAUCCAUUUCUCUGCAAAGGAAUACCUCGCCUCGGAUCAACUCCGGCAGUCUGCGUCACCGGCACACCAAUACAGUUUGGACGGAGAAUCAGCUGAUAUCACCCUUGCCAGGAUUUGCUUGUCCCUUCUUGAGUUGCGCAACGCGCCCGUGGACUUCCAGUACACGAGGCAAACGUCGGGGUGGUUAGGCCACAUCUCGACUCGCAAUUCCCAUACGCUCGGAGAACUGCUCGACCGUUUCUUGAGUUACGAGUCUGUGUCGUUCACACGUUGGGCGACACUUCAAGCCGGUCUACGUGAGCCUCCGGCUCCCAGAACUGAUACUAGUCUCCAUACAGCAUCAUACCUGGGGCUUGACCGCACAGUGAAGGAAAUACUAGACGGUGCUCGGCGUGCCUUGGGCCCGGCCGAGUUCCAGAAGUUCAUGCGCGGGCGAGGUAUGGACGGGCAGACUGCGUUGCAUGAUGCUGCACGCAAUGGUCAGACCCAGACUGCCCAGGUUCUAUUGGACUAUGGGGCUGACAUCGGAGACAUGAAUGGCGGCCAAAAUACUCCCUUGCAUAUGGCUGUCGAUUACGGACACAUAUCCGUUGCUCGUGCGCUAUUGGAUCAUUACAAGCGUCUGACAGACGAACAAAACGUCGACGUGGUGUCGCCCUGUAGAUGGGGCAAUAUCUCAGGGCUGACCUCUCUCCAUUUUGCGGCUCUGCGUGGCGACAAGGAUAUGAUCGUUCUGCUACUUGCGCAUGGUGCUUCGAUCCUUGAUGCUACCAAAGGCGGUGUUACCGCCUUGCAUCUUGCCGCUGUCAACGGACACGAAGCUGCUGUCAACGCGCUCCUGCAUGCGCCUGCGAAUGCAUCAGAUGUCGCCAACUGUUGUCGUGCCUGUAAUGGGUCCGGACAAACUCCGCUGCACGAUGCGGCCUCAGGAGGAUAUACUGGUAUCGCUCGUUCGCUGCUCUAUCAUGGUGCCCACGUUACCAUCAUCGACAACAAUCGGCGAACCGCCCUACACCUUGCUGCAUCCAACGGAUAUAAAGACACCGUGCACCUGUUGUUGUACUAUCGCGAAGUCACUAUACAAGAUGCUGUCGACUCCUGUCUUAUUCGCGAUGUCGAUGGACGCACGCCCUUGCACGCCGCUGCACUGGGGCAGGGCUCCAACUUCGAGGACAUUAUAUGUCUGCUGCUUGAACGUCGCGCACACGCUCUUGUCACCAGUUUGGAUAACAACCGGCAUACCGCCAUGCAUCUUGCGGUAUGCGAGGGAAGUAUACGUUACGUGGACAGGCUAUUGAACCACGAGGUGGACGAGGCAGAUGCCAUUAAGUGUUGUCGUAUUCUCAAUACGUUCGAGCGCACGCCACUACACGACUCCGCGUUGAGGGGACACAUCAAAAUCCCGGCUUUGCUGCUCGAGCGAGGUGCUCGCCUCACAUUGCUCGAUGGAAACGACAAUACUGCCCUGUACCUUGCUGCGGAUAAUGGAUUGACCGACACCGUGGAUACGCUGUUGAGCCAUGCACCAGAUGCCAUCGAUGCGUGUCGUACGCACAAUGCGGCGGGGUAUACCCCACUACAUAUCGCCUCGUUGAAGGGACACACUGAGAUUGUCCGUCUGCUACUCAAGCGUGGUGCUUUCAUCGAUGCUGAGACUGCAGAGAGGGAUACUGCUUUGCACCUCGCGGCAUGUGACGGGCGUAUAGACACUGUUCAGGUCCUCUUGGGUCUCCGUGACUUGAAUGUUCCGAACGUUGUCGAGCUUUGCCGUGCUCGCAACGCGACUGGACGCACUCCACUGCACGAGGCGGCAUCUAGGGGAUACCCCGAGAUCAUUCGUCUGCUACUGCAACGUGGUGCUCUCUCCACCGCUGCCGAUUACGGUCCCGGCGGUAUUGCGCUGCAUUGGGCGGCCUUCAAUGGACAUGUAGACACAGUCCGCGAGCUUCUGGACCAACCUACGGGGGACAGUGAGUCUGAUAACGAGUCUGGUCCUGUUGCCCAAUGCCGCGCUCGCGCCAAAAGCGGAGGUACGGCGCUGCAUCUUGCCGCGAUGCAGGGGCAUUUGGGGGUCGUGAAGCUACUCAUAGCUCGCGGGUCGCCGGUCGACGCGGUCGAUAACGUUGGCGCAACACCCGCUCAAUUGGCCGAGGAUAACGGCCACCUAGAUAACCGCCGGAGCUGCUUUGAGAGGUACUACCUGCACCCUCAACUCAAAUUGCAAGUCCAGGCUCCGCAGUGGUCUCAGGUUUCAAGUACUUACGCAUCCCAAUGA